AAGCGCCUUGAGCGGAAGCGGAAGUGAACGAGGCGACUGUGGCGGUUGCGGUGGCUGAGGCGGCUGGGCCUAGGGCGCAGCGGGCGCGUUGCGGCUGGUGUUGGCGCAUCUCUAGUAGGAAGAUUUUACUCAAGACUGUUGCAGUGAAGGAGAGAGAUCUGGCUCCACUCUGAACACGAUCCUUUCCCGGAGUUCAGUUAUGGGUGUGAGAGGUUUGCAAGGAUUUGUGGGAAGUACCUGUCCACAUAUAUGUACAGUAGUAAAUUUCAAAGAACUGGCAGAGCACCACCGAAGCAAGUAUCCUGGAUGUACCCCUACCAUUGUGGUUGAUGCCAUGUGUUGUCUCAGAUACUGGUAUACUCCAGAGUCUUGGAUCUGCGGUGGCCAGUGGCGAGAGUACUUUUCUGCUUUGCGAGAUUUUGUUAAAACUUUUACGGCGGUUGGGAUCAAGUUGAUAUUCUUCUUUGAUGGCAUGGUGGAGCAGGAUAAGAGAGAUGAAUGGGUGAAACGAAGGCUCAAGAACAAUAGGGAGAUAUCCAGGAUUUUUCAUUACAUCAAGUCACACAAGGAGCAGCCAGGCAGAAAUAUGUUUUUCAUCCCCUCAGGGCUAGCUGUGUUUACACGAUUUGCUCUAAAGACACUGGGCCAGGAAACUUUGUGUUCCUUACAGGAAGCAGAUUAUGAGGUAGCUUCCUAUGGCCUCCAGCAUAACUGCCUUGGGAUUCUAGGGGAAGACACGGAUUACCUAAUCUAUGACACUUGUCCCUACUUUUCAAUUAGCGAGCUCUGCCUCGAGAGCCUGGACACUGUCAUGCUCUGCAGAGAGAAGCUCUGUGAGAGUCUGGGCCUCCGUGUCGCCGACCUUCCUCUCCUGGCCUGCCUCCUUGGCAACGACAUCAUCCCAGAGGGCAUGUUUGAAAGCUUUAGGUACAAAUGCUUAUCAUCCUACACCUCUGUGAAAGAGAACUUUGACAAAAAAGGUAACAUCAUAUUAGCUGUGUCAGACCAUAUAUCGAAAGUUCUUCACUUGUAUCAAGGUGAGAGAAAAUUGGAAGAGUUAUUACCUCUGGGACCAAACAAAGCUCUUUUUUAUAAAGGAAUGGCAUCGUAUCUUUUACCAGGACAGAAAUCUCCAUGGUUUUUCCAAAAACCCAAAGGUGUAAUAACUUUGGACAAACAAGUAAUAUCCAUGAGUUCGGACCCUGAGUCCAGGGAAGAAGUUCCCACGUGUUCAGACCCUGAAUCCAAGCAAGAAGUUCACAUGUGUUCAGACCCUGAACCCAGGCAAGAAGUUCCCAUGUGUUCAGACCCUGAACCCAGGCAAGAAGUUCCCAUGUGUACAGGCCCCGAAUCCAGGCAAGAAGUUCCCAUGUGUACAGGCCCCGAAUCCAGGCAAGAAGUUCCCAUGUGUUCAGACCCUGAGCCCAGGCAAGAAGUUCCCAUGUGUACAGACUCUGAACCCAGGCAAGAAGUUCCCAGGCAAGAAGUUCCCAUGUGUACAGGCCCUCAGUCUGGGCAAGAAGUUUUAAUAUGGACAGACCCUGAAUCUAGGCAAGAAAUUUUGUGUACAGGCCAUGAAUCCAAACAGGAAGUUCCCAUAUGUACAGAUCCUAUAUCCAAGCAAGAAGACUCCAUGUGUACACACCCUGAAAUCAAUCAAAAAUUACCUGUAGCAACAGAUUUUGAAUUUAAGCUAGAAGCUCUCAUGUGUACAAACCCUGAAAUUAAACAAGAAGACCCCACGAAUGUGGGGCCUGAAAUAAAGCAACAAGUAACCAUGGUUUCAGACACAGAAAUCUUAAAGAUUGCUAGAACACAUCACGUCCAAGCAGAAAGCUACCUGGUGUACAACAUCAUGAGCAGUGGAGAGAUUGAAUGCAGCAACACCCUGGAAGAUGAGCUUGACCAGGCCUUACCCAGCCAGGCCUUCAUUUACCGUCCCAUCCGACAGCGGGUCUACUCACUCUUACUGGAGGACUGUCAAGAUGUUGCCAGCACCUGCCCGGCUGUCAAGGAGUGGUUUGUAUAUCCUGGGAACCCACUGAGGCACCCGGACCUCGUCAGGCCACUGCAGAUGACUGUUCCAGGGGGAACGCCUAGUUUGAAAAUAUUAUGGCUGAAUCAAGAGCCAGAAAUGCAGGUUCGGCGCUUGGACACACUCCUCGCCUGUUUCAACCUUUCCUCCUCAAGAGAAGAACUGCAGGCUGUCGAAAGCCCAUUUCAAGCUUUGUGCUGCCUCUUGAUCUACCUCUUUGUGCAGGUGGACACUCUUUGCCUGGAGGAUUUGCAUGCGUUUAUUGCGCAGGCCUUGUGCCUCCAAGGAAAAUCCACCUCGCAGCUUGUAAAUCUACAGCCUGAUUACAUCAACCCCAGAGCCGUGCAGCUGGGCUCCCUUCUCGUCCGCGGCCUCACCACUCUGGUUUUAGUCAACAGCGCGUGUGGCUUCCCCUGGAAGAUGAGUGAUUUCAUGCCCUGGAAUAUAUUUGAUGGGAAGCUUUUUCAUCAGAAGUACUUGCAGUCUGAAAAGGGUUAUGCUGUGGAGGUGCUUUUAGAACAAAAUAGAUCUCGGCUCACCAAAUUCCACAACCUGAAGGCAGUGGUCUGCAAGGCCUGCAUGAAGGAGAACAGACGCAUCACCGGCCGAGCCCACUGGGGCUCACACCAUGCAGGGAGGUGGGGAAGACAGGGCUCCGGCUACCACAGGACGGGCUCUGGGUAUAGCCGUUCCAGUCAGGGGCAGCCGUGGAGAGACCAGGGACCAGAAAGAGGUUGUAUAGUUCCAGUAAAUAAACAGAUAAGUAUACCGAUGCAUCUAAUUUUUAUCAUUUAGUGAAAUAAAAACAAAUAAUUUCCAUGCUUGAUGCUAGCCCUGUCUGCUUCUGGCCCCUUUAUUCAUUUUCUAUCAGUUCAUUCUGCUCAAGAUCCAGUUUUUGUAAUUUGCUCACUAGAAGGCACUUGUAAAGUUUACAUGUGGAAGAUCCAUUGUUCUCAUGAAAAAAGGGCAGGUUGUAGUGUUUCACCAUAGCCGUGUUCAGGUGAUAGCAUUCCGAUAUUUUCCAUGACUUGGAUUACAGUGUGAGGUAGAAAAUAGCCCCAACCCUGUGUUUUUUACAUAUAUUGUACAGAUACCAUUUUAAUGCAUGUAUUAUGCUGAAUUUAAAUACAUCGAGAGCUUCACAUCAGGAUUUGAGCUCAAAUUCCUUAUAGUUUUGAGAGCCAAACUUCAUAAACUUUGAAAUUACCUAAUAUUUAUCAUUUAAUGCCUUAAAAGCCAAAUCUACCUUUAAUGUAUGGUAUUUGUGACUUUCACAAUGUCUCAAAUGUGUAGACUCGCAAGCUGCUCAAAUUAUUCUCUAAAACACAGCAAGUCUUCGGUGUGAAUCCAGUUGACCUUUGGGGUCUGUCUGGGGUGGAGUCUGCGUGGAGGCUGCAGGGCCGCAUGUCUGUUGAGUACCGUGUCCUUUCCUCUUGGGUCUGUGCAGUCAGCAAACAUUGCGAGUCCACUGUAUGAUUGUUCAGGGUAGAUCAGAAUUCGUGGUGACUGUGUUUGCAAUGCCCGUCCUUGAGAGAGGGCUCCAUGAAUUUAGGUUUACACGUGCUUGAGAUGUUUCCUUGAAUGAGCCUAACCUGCAGAAACUCUACCCCACCAAGUCGUGUGCUCACUGUCAUCUGGAGCUUCUAGAUGGCCCCCACUGAGCAUGUGCAGUCCAUCCUCUCAUGGUCUCUACUGCAGUUUAACAUAAGGGUCACUUCCACUUCGUCACUGACUAAAUCCGAGUAUUUAUACCAGUGCAGUGCAGCUGAGAUCUGGGCAGAAGACCUUCCGUUUGUGCAAGGAUAUUUGAGAUUGCUUUUAACUUAGAAGGUACUGCAGUUGAUUGGAGCAAACCACGAACAAGGAAGCUGAAAACAACAGGAGCGGUUUUGUAAACUUACCUAGCCUCAGACUGAAGCCUGGUGCUGGGGGCCGUUGCCGCUGCCCUCGGUGACUCUGGCCUAGGGGUGCAUUCCUGUGCGAUGCGUGUGCUGUGGCUUUCCAGUUCGCUUCUCCACUCUGGUUAAGAGUCUGCUUUCGGGUCAGAAACUGCAGCCCUGAGGUGGUGUGUGUGUAGAUUGCUCAGCGCCUGUCCUGGGGGCUCCCCGUGGGCUGGGGGCCUACAGCCCUGACCUGGCGGAUCCUGGCGGAUCUGUCUGCAGCUGGCAGUGCACAUUAGGGCUGCUUUGGGAAGAGUGCGGGAUCUGGGCUUCUGAGUCUUUGGGGUGAGAGGCCUUCCUCACAUGAGCCAUGGUGAGGCUGCUCCCAGAGGAAGGUGAGCGUGUGCAGAGCACUUAGGUCCAAAUGGGUGGGUAGAGCUUACGCUCCCCCUCCAUCCCUCCCUCGCUCUCUCUGCUGCUUUAAAUAGCGGAUCUGAGAUCUCCUUGACAAGGUGAUAUUUAAGCAAAGGCCUGAUGAGAGGGUGGGAGCUGAUGCCAGACACCUCUGUGCCAGAUAUGGAGACAGAGGAGGCAGUCAGAGCUGUCACGAGGUCAGGUGGGCUAGACCUGGAGGGCCCUGCAGCUCUGUGCGAAUCUGGAGUCCACCCCAACCAAGAAGCUGGACCCAGGUGAUUGCAGCAGGUGGUGAGACCUCAGUGACCACAUCCCGUGGAAAUGCUCAAGGCCUGCAGACCGUCCACAUCCAGCUGAUGAUGGCACACAGCUUAGUUUAGAUCUAGGGUCUAGUAAUGUUGGAAAUACUGGGUUGACUGAUGUGGAGUAAAGCCACUGGGUGUAACGGGCAUCCCAGCCUCAUCCAUCCACACCUUCCUGCCCUGGAGAUCCAUGACCAGCCUGGCCGUAAAUGCCAGGCCAACCUUGAUGACAUGAAAGGCAUCGGCCCCUCCAGGUGAGGAUUCAGCAGAACCCACCUGACCCAGUAAGGCAGGCUGGAGGGGAGGGAAGAGCCGCAGCCUCUCUUUCGGGCAGCCUGACUGGGCAGGGCAUGCUGUCGUGUCCCCUACUCCUAGCCUCGUGGUAAGAAAGGGGACCUUCUCUUACCCUCUUUGGCUUGGAGUUGUCCCCUUCUUCCCCCUGGGCCUCAGGAAGGUGGGGAGGGGAUGGUCAAGAGAGUCCACAGUCCAGAUGGGAGGAUGGGCAAAGGCUGCGGGUUCUGCAGACAGGUGUGCCCGCCCGUCACGUCACGGAGGAAACGAGAGUAUGCCGUCAGGCCUGCCACUGACGGGACGCGUCACUGCAGGCAAUGCCCUGAACCCUUUCCAUCAGGCACGUGCCCUGGAUAACCUUGAGUAUCCUUUCUAGCUCUGGAAUUCUGUGACUUUGGAUUCUAUAUAUUGAAUGGUGGGUGAGACAUCAGUAAAGUGUAACUCUCAGGAGCCAGUAAGGAAGGUGGAACCAUGUCAUAACUCCUAGGAGUGAGUGAGAAAGGUAGAGCUGUGUCAUUUACAGACAGAUGUACCAUCAAGAACAUGCCCCGGCCUGCCCUGAUCUUAGAAGGUAGGUAGAGUGGGACCUGUUUGGUACUGACUCCUCUGGGAAUGGUAAGAGUCACAGGCUUUUCUUUUUUCCCUUUCUUCCAGAGGCGGCCCGCUGUGGUAGCUUCAGACAGGCUGACUUUGUCUCAAGCCCUGGUUCUGCCCCUUCCCAGUGGCCUGCCCUUAGGGGAUCCCUGGACCCCUGGGCUGCUCCCUGGCUUUUGAUCAGUGUGGCCUGACCAGCUGCAGGGACGGCGCCUCCACAGCCCCAGCACCCAGGUGGAGGUGAUCGUGGCCGCUUCUUCCAAAACCAAGUUUUUCCUUUCCUGGCAUUAAUGCUAACAUUUCUCUUAAUAUUUAUGUCAAACUGUUUUGUUAAACAUAAAGCAAUGUCAGUCCUACCUUAGUAUCGCUGUUCUUGCAGAACGAAGUGAAGCAGGAACAGCACCAAAGCCUGCAGGUGUGGCCUGGAGGGAGCAGAGCCAUCUGCUUCUCCCGGGGCUCCCCCAGAGCAUAGCCCUGGGUCAGGUGCCAGGAAGCAUGCCAUGCACAUUGGCUUCUUUCUUUCUUUAGUGUGAUGACAGAGACGACAGGAGCAUCUUUGAAGUAGACCAGAAGAACCUCCUUCCUUGGAUUGACAGGAAACAGGUUUUUUUCUGAUUCUGUUAGCAGAGAACAGCGUCCAGAAAUUUCUCCUCCUCGUGCAAAUUAAAACAGCAGAAUGACUUUCCAUAGGCAGAACCGUAGCUAGUCAUUGUCAGCCCUGGGUCCCUGCCAGGGGAAAGUCUCACUCUUGGAACCCUGUAUGCCUCUGCAGCAGAUCCCUCGGCCAGCCAGUAACAGGCACCCCCCAGUCACCCGUGGUCUUGCCAGAAGUCCAGAGGCCACCAUGGUGUCCUCGUCCUGCCUGGUGGCAGCUCCUUGGGGCAGGCUGAGCUAAGUCUGAGGGAUCUCUAAGUGGCAUGCAGCAGCUGGUUGUGUGGGUGAGGAGACAGCCCUCAGAUGGACACAGGUUUGGAGGUGACAGGACAUGGGGGGCUGGCGGGAGACAGACAGAGGCAGCGUCCCAUCAGGACUGAGCUGGAGAGGGAGGCUGUCCAGAAGCUGGCAGAGAAGAGAGGCUCUGAGGACAGCUGACAGAAAGGGCCAGGGAGCAGGGAGGAAGGGAGCAAAGGCAGACUGUCCCCGACAGGAGCCAGGACAGGCACCGCCGGUAUCUCCGGGAGCACUUGUUUCUUAAUCCUUUCUGCCUGUAAUAGUAUAAGCUACUGAUAGGAAGCAGAAAAUAUGUACAGACUGAGUAUCCCAAGUCUGAAAUCCAGAAUGCUCCACAGUCCAGAAUUUUUACCCACCAACAGGACGCUCAAAGGAAGUGCUCCUUGAAGCAUUUUGGAAUUUCAGACAUUCAGAUUAGGGUUGCUGAACCCCGGUAAGUAUAAUGCAGUUAUUCCAAAAUCUGAAAAAAAUCUGAAACCUGAACCACUUCUGGUUCCAAGCAUUUCAGAAAAGGGUUACUCAGCCUCUAGUAAACAACCCAGGGCUGCCUCUGCAGCCUGUGUCUCUGUGGGUUUGGACCUAUGAGUGGCCACAGGCCUCCCCAGGAGGCACUCCUUUCUCUACCCAGAACAUGCCAUCCUCCCUUGGGACUCCCUGCGCCCUGGGCUCUGUGGCCCCCUGCACCCUGCGUGUCCCACACUCAGUCCCUCAUUUUCAUCUUUGCUGUGUUCCCACUGCUGAGGGUGCUGUGCACGUCCCAGGAUGGACCUAAGGAGGCAGACUCAGCAGAUGAAGGCCCCUGGUGUGUGUGCCCUCUUGUCUUGCUUUAAUACUUGCUUCCUGUAGAUUCCUGAAUCCUUGAGCCGGUCCACAAAGCUGUGGGGGUGGCAGAGGUUCUCCCUAGGUUCUGCAUUUUGCCAAGCUUUCCGUAGCAUGCCCAGUAAUUUGCUUUUAAAUCCAGUACGCACAUCUGUAAGUACCACUUUAGCACAAGUUUCAUUUCUGAUAUCCAUUUAUUUAGGAUGUCAUUGACAAAGACAAAUAAAAAGUCAAGUAACCAAAGUGAAUUUGUAGCUCUUCCUGACCCAGAAAGGAGCACAGAGGAGACGUGAGCAGUGGGCCCAGGAUAAGUGCGGGCACCGCUGGCCCUGCUGAGUGAAGGACGUGAGACCAGGAGAGCAGCUCCACACCUGUCUCUGCCGCCUCGUUCCUACGUCACUGUUCAGUGGGCUCUCCCGGGCUCUGCAGAGCCCGCAGCCCUCCAGAAAGGAGGAGACGGUCGGGCUACGUGGCGUGAACUCCAGGUGUAGGGUCCCUUCUCACCGCCCACAGGACCACUUAGAAUUUCAGGAACUAUUGGGCACCUGAAGGAAUGUUUGUCAGUCUGGGUGCAAGGCCUAGGGAAGCACGUUUUACCACUUCUGUUCUGGUCACUUAGAAACAAUAAAACUGUAAUGACCUCAGCAGCUGGAGCCUAACACCACUUCAAGGCCGUGCCCUAGUUUCAUAAAUAGGUCUUUGACAAAGAUCUCCGCUUUACUGGAGUAGAUCGUAACAGUAACAGAAAUCAAAGAGUGGCGAUGCAUGUGGUGUGGGGCCAGAAAGUAGCCCUAGGAGACUCUCAGCUUAAAGGCAGAAUGGAGAUGUUAAAUGCCGAAUGCCAGAUUUAAGAGUUUAGGAAUAAGAGCAGGAGAAAUUAAGCGGUUCUUGCAAAACAGAAGCGAGGGUGCUACGUUUCAUUUGCGUUCUGCCUUCCAUGCGGACGUAGUUACAGAAAUGACAUCGGGGUGCCUGUGUGUAUUCUCAUUUCAGAGAUUCCAGUGUAAAGGGUAUGUUAUACACAUACUGGAAUGUGCUUUUCAGACCAAGUAAUCCACUUUUUCACUUGUAAUUACUGUGAGUGACUUUGGGGCAACACAUUUCUUCCUGGGUUUUGCCUACCUUGAACUCCUCUUUUGGUAUUUCUUGGAGACAUUAAAGUAGUUCAAGUAGAAAGUUGUCACUGUUUCCAGGCCAAUUGAUAGGUAAAAUUCCUUGUGUUAGUAAAAACACUAAAAAUGCCUCAUCAUGAAAGUAUUCAGUCACUGCCAAAAGGUUGUCAAGUUUCCGGGGCCUGAGUGUGUGGACAGGUAGUGGGGUCCUGGGGAGCCUGAACUCUCUGGUCCACUUCAAAGGCCUCAGAGCUCAGUGCAGGCAGCUGCCCCGAGAACAAAGGCUGCUCAAGUGAGAAGGCUUUAACCUCUUCCUUGCUGUUGCUCAGCCCAGCUGGCAAGAGAUGAUGUGUUAAAUUCCACAGUCCAUAGCUACAAUUUGCCUGUGACUUUCCAGAUUGUCACUUCUCUGUGGUGAUUCUGUAGGAGGCCUGCUGUAAAACUGCCUGUGAUCAUCUGUGAUAACAAGGGUAGGGGCAGAGGUAACAAGGGUCUGGAAACCUCACUGUGGCUGUAACCCUCUCCUUUCACACCUUCUGCCAGAGCCCACACUUUUGGGGGGAGUGUGAGAGACCUAGACUGCCCACGGCAGGAGUGGGUCAGAGGAGAGUCGUGGAGACCGUCCCCAGUCACUGCAAGUGAAGGCUCACGCUGUCAUACACCAGAAGAUAGAGCAGGGAACUCUGGAAGAAAAGUGUUAUUUUUAAAAUGUGAAAAACUGUCACUGUUUCUACUACGAGGAGGGAGGUUCCGCCCCGAGUCUCUUCCCAACGUUCCCUGUCUGUCAGAAAGGCAGACAGUGGCCACCCACGCUGGGACUGGAGAAGGGAAGUCUGGGCCAGCCACAGAAAGAGCUGCACGUGGGCUUUUCUGUGUUGGCAGAACGUCCACGGUGAGCCAUCUGCAUGUGAAUUUCCAUUUCCAAACGUCGUCAGCAAUAGUAAAUGCCUAGAAAUCCCGCAGAUGGAUGGAGCUGGUGUGAAGAGGAACAACUUCGACAUUGUUUCCUUCCACGAACCUCUUAAUUAAUUGCUUCCACUUUAAUGGAAUAAUUAUGGAACACAGUUUUAAUGGCAUGUGGCCACAACUGUAAAGAGGAUGGAGCUCUAUCCUCCAAAUACAGCUCAGCAUCUUUGUUCAUACUUAGAAAUGUGCAGCGUUCUUGUUUGUGUAUUGAGAGAGAUGUAUUCUUACUUUGGUUUUCAUGUCUGUUUACUGCAGGAAGCAGACAGUAUGAGCAUGACCAGUGGAGAAGGUACUAGCCGUCCUCCAGGUAAGUUCACCACCCGCAUCUCCAGAAGAAAUCAGUCCUUUAUAACAUAAAUCUUCCGUAUCACGUACCAAAGUAAACAGGACUCAGAUAUUGAAUCCUGCUGACCUGGUGCCGAGUUAACUUGGUUUCAAGACACGCUUGCUUCCUCCAGAAAGAGCGUGGAGAGAAAAAGAGGCACACCUGGACGCAGAGCCCUGCCAGCGCCCUCCUCUGCUGUCGCAGCUGCAAGGAGACCAUGCCUGUGGGAGCCGGGCCUCGCUUGCAUGAAGAAGGAAAGAUGCCUUUUCAGUGGUGCCUCCGCCCAUCAUGCAGAAGAGCUUUUGUUGGCUUCUCUCCCAAGCUUGUGCCUGAUUCUGUGGCCCAAAACAAUCAUUGUUAAUAUCUUCGUGUAUUUCAUUCUGAUCUUUCAUUCAUAUAUAUGAUGCCUAGCUAAUUUCAUUUUAAAAUAAAUGGGGAUCUGUUGUAUUCUGAUUUUUUAUUAACAACACUAUGAGGGAUUGUCUCCUGUUAUUAGAAAGUCAGAAAACACUAUACAGUAGUCCUCCCUUAUCUGUGGGAGAGACAUCCCAAGACCCUCAGUGGAUGCCUGAGACUGUGGAUAGUAUAUGUGGGAACCCUACAUAUAUGUAUACAUGUGGCUUUUUCCUCUACGUACAUACUGUGGCAACGCUUAACAAGGAACAGUAAGAGAUUAACAGCAGUCAAUAACUAAUAAAAGUUACGUGAAUGUGAUCUCUCUCAAAAUAUCAUACUGUAAUCACCCUUCUUGCUAUCUGAAAACCAAGACCACCACUAAGUGACUCAUGGUCGGAGAAGCUGGAUGCGGGGCUGAUUCAUGUCCCGGGCAUGACAGAGCAGGAGGUACGAAGUUUCAUCACACUACUCACAAUGGCGAGCAAGUCAAAAUGGAUUUCCCAUUUAAUGUUUUCAGACAUGAGUGGACCAUGAGGAACCAAAACCCCAGAAAGUGAAGCUGGGCAUAUUUCAGAAAUUCUUUUCUAAUCAGAAAUUCUAAUCAAACAUAAGUUUCCAACUAUGUGUGCUCUUGGUCCUGAGAAGUGUUUGAACAGAAAAGUAACAACUAACUUCCCACCUUUCUGGUGGAAGAGUUAAUUCUGCCUGGAGGGUUCUGCCUGGGAGGCAUGACAGCAUGUGUGUGACUCCUGUGUCUGUUUCUGUGGAGUCAUCCCUUUCAUUUCAUUUUGCCAGGGCCUGGCUCAGGAUUUUCAGUGGCAGUGCCUGUGAGGACAGGCCUGGCCCUCCAUGCAGUCACACAGGAAAUCCACAGAGAACAUGCUGAGAGCAGCCGGCGGCUGUGCUGCCAGCAGGCCUGGUUUAUGAUGCCGCAAGUGAAUGGCACGUUUGUUCCUCUUUAUCUCUGAGCAUUGGAGGCUUUUGUUUUUUAAAAAAAAUUAAGUUCAGAGUAAUCCUUUUCAUGGAAGAAUCUUCAGGUCAUCCAAGAAUUGAAAUUUUAAGCCCCAGAUUGUACGGAGCUGUACCUGUGGCGAAAGGAAUGGCCAGGGUGUUGAUGAUAGAAAAGAUUCAGAUGAGGAGUUAGAAAGCCAGCCCUCUGUGGGAGGCUGUCUUCCAGAAACCUCGAACUCAUGUCUCUCUCCACCUGAGAAAGGAGAGGAAAAGCUGGUGUGACCCCUGGUCCCGCUGGGCUACGCUGUGGCUCUGAAGGUGCCCAGGGUCCUUAGGAGUGCUCACUUCUGUCACCUGAAGACACUUCCUUGAACGUGCUUGCAGGCCCGUUUGUGUGCCUGCACUUGACGAAUUACCUUGACCAACAGGCCAAAGGCACAGAGCUCCAAAGCGUCAUCUUUCCUUAAAAUCCUGAGCGUUUACUAAAAAGGGACAUGGCCUCUGGGUAUUUUAUGACAUUUGUAUUUCUUACAUUUUAAAUACCCUAACCACUCCCUUCAGUUUCUUCUUAAGGACAUUUACAUCUAAUUAUUUUCCAUGCAAGUCUUGUAGGACCCACAUUUUUGCUAGCUUUGGAAAUAGAUUUUUUUCAUUGCUCUUGUGAGGAUUUCCCCAUGUCAGUAAACAUUAACUUUCUAUUUCUUCCAUCUUUGCUCAUUUGAAACCCUGCUGCUUCUAGAUCUAUUUCUUUGCAUUUGUAUAACUUUGAAAUAAAUUCCUCAUCCCUUAGACUAA